AUGGCGAAUGUUCCUCGACCAUGGUGGAAAGACGCCACAGUCUACCAGAUCUACCCUGCGUCAUUCAACGACAGCAACAAUGAUGGCAUCGGAGAUAUUCCCGGCAUCGUGCAAAAGUUGGAUUAUAUCCAGUCUCUUGGUGUCGAAGUCAUUUGGGUCUGCCCCAUGUAUGAUAGCCCUCAAGUCGACAUGGGCUAUGACAUCUCCAACUAUGAGGCAGUCUAUCCUCCAUACGGCACUGUUGGCUACAUGGAGAUUCUGAUCAAAGAGACUCAUCGUCGCAACAUGAAAAUCAUCCUUGAUCUUGUCAUUAACCACACAUCAGACCAACACGCCUGGUUCCAAGAAUCGCGAUCAUCCAAAGACAACCCGAAGCGCGAUUGGUACAUCUGGAGACCUGCCGUGUACGACAGCAACGGCAACCGUAAACCUCCAAACAACUGGCGUAGUCUUUUCGGAGGUUCGGUCUGGCAAUGGGAUGAGCAUACUCAAGAAUACUAUCUUCAUCUCUUCUGUACUGAGCAACCGGAUGUCAACUGGGAAAAUCAGGAAACACGUCAGGCAAUCUACAAAUCCGCCAUGAUCUCAUGGCUCGAUAGAGGAGUUGAUGGCUUCAGAAUUGACACUGUCAACAUGUACAGCAAGCCUAUGGACUUCCCAGACGCUCCCGUUCAAGAUCCUAACGUCCCAUGGCAAGACGGUAGUCUUCUGUUCUGCAACGGACCAAACAUGGAUAAGUAUCUGGACGAGAUGAACGCAAUCUUGGUUCGUUACAACGCAAUGAGUGUGGGAGAGUGUCCAGCGACACCUGACCGGGCCCGUGUACUCGCUUAUGUCUCAGAGGCAGCGAAGAAGUUGAACAUGGUGUUCCAAUUCGAUUCGGUUGAUGUCGGACAGAGCAGGCCAUCCAAAUAUGACACUGCUCCAUUCAACUACACCUUAGCAGACGUCAAGGGCGCCAUCUGUCGCACUCAAAGUCUGCUUGAUGGCACAGAUGCAUGGACAACAAGCUUCAUCGAAAACCACGAUCAAGCCCGCAGUAUCUCGCGCUUUGGCAACGACUCACCUCUCUGGCGCACACGCUCUGGAAAGAUGCUUGCCAUUCUCUUUGCGUCGCUGUCGGGGACACUGUUCGUGUAUCAAGGCCAAGAAAUUGGCAUGAUCAACAUGCCCAAGGACUGGCCCAUCGAAGAAUACAAAGAUGUCGACAGUAUCAACUUCUACUCUGAGAUGGUUCAGCGACACCCUGGAGAUGAGGCGGCACAUGCUAAAGCCAGAGCUGGAUUGCAACACUUGUCUCGUGACCAUGCGCGAACUCCAAUGCAAUGGUCUCCACAAUUCAACGCUGGCUUCACUGACAAAGAUGUUGAGCCAUGGAUGAGGGUCAACACCAGCGCACAAGAAGGCAUCAAUGUCGAAGAGGAACACGAAGACCCCUCAAGUGUCUUGAACUUUUGGCGCCGCAUGCUCAAGGUCCGCAAGGCCCACGCUGAGGUGCUUGUGCAUGGCAAUUUCCAGCUGGUGGACGAAGAUAAUGAGAAAGUCUUCUCGUUCGUCAAGACAUCACUGGACGGCAAGACGAAGGCUCUUGUUGUUUGCAACUUCUCUGAUGUCGAAAAUCGAUUGCCUGGUGUUGACGGCAUAGACACAGUCUCAGCCAAAGUAGUCCUUGAUAACGUGUUUGAUCAGCAACAAAAUGAUACCCCUGUCGAAACAGGAGCUGGAUAUGCAUCGCAGUAUUUGCAGCCAUGGGAAGCGCGUAUCUAUAUGCUUGCUUAG